CCUCAACCUCCCGUCCCCUGUUCCCCUUGUUAUCCAAUCGUAAAACAGUAGGAAGCAGGCUCGAUCUAUUUACUGAUCGAUUUAUUUAGAUUCGGGGCCUCGAUUUCUUCCUUGUUCCACGGACUCUUUCGCUCUCGCUGUUACUCUUUCGUAAAGUAACGAUAUCUAUCCUUCUCUGUGACAAAGAGACCGAACAACCUUUUUUCAUAAUUUCGCGCCGAGAUCAGAAGAACCGCGAAUCGAUUUAAAAAUCGCAAUGCACUCCUGCCAUCUAUCAACGUAUUGAAAAUGUCUGAAUUCAGUUCUUUGCAUUAAACGCGCGAAACUCAUCGGUGCAAAUUUUAAAUAUAAGAAUUAAGAGACAAAUUAAUCGUUAUGUUACUUACAAAAUUGUUAUAUUUUACGACAAUAAUGUAAUUUAUAUUUAUGUGUCGUGUGAUACGUUAUAUGCGUAUCUGCAUCAAAUACUUGCGACUUAAAGUAAGUAUGUAUAAACUAUAUACAUACUUAAUGUAGGAGUACUAUAAGUAUAUAAACACUUAAUUGACAAACAAAUUAAAGUAAAAAGAUAUAUGGAGUAUGAAAAAUAUUAUAAUGUAGAUUUUAUUCUAAUCGACGUAAGCUCACUGUAAUCGUUCAAAGCCUAUCUUUCGAUUAAACAUAAAAUCAUACAUGAUGACAUGGCGGACAUUAAUCUAAGGCAAACGUUAGAAACGUAAACUUUAGAAAUGUAAUUAAACGUUGAUCUUUUAUGUAUAAUUUAUUCCAUUUAUCAAUAUACCUACAUUUUUGGAACAUAAAUGAUCUUCAUUAAAUAUGAUAUGAUAUUGUAAAAAUUUAUAAAAAGCAACGUAUAAUCUGUAUUACGGUUAUAAUGUAUAAUUUAUUCUCUUCUUUUUUUAUCAUUCAUAUACUAACGAUCAAUUGAUACGAUUACAUCACAAGAAACGAUUAUUCGAUCGAAAAUCUUUUUUUCGCUAAUCAUUUUCUAAGUUGAUAAAAGCAUAAUACACACUCUCAUAAUAAAUAGCGAAUAUAUGACGUUUGCGCUGACAGAUGUCAGUAGUUCGCAAAUUUGUUAUGCCUAUAUGUAAGUACCAUUUAUACUACAUACAACAUGAAAGUAGCAUGUAUAUACGUUAAAACAUAAUAAUGCUGUAUCAUAAAAGUAAAAAUUUAGUUAAAUAUUAAAGUGCGCAUAAUUUAAGGUGUUCAGAAAUUUACAUGGAACGAUAUAUCAAUAGGUGCCUAUUAUAACAUAUUUAUAAAUUACUAUCUUUUAGUAAUUAUGAUAUGCCAAUAUCUAAAAAUUUCUGUCAUUCACAAAUAAACAAACAAAUGAAUAUUAUUAUCGGCUAUACGCAUAUAUGAUAUUUAAAGUAUUUAUUUAAUGGUUAAUAACAGUCAACAAAAGUAGCUACAAGAAUACUUCCAGCCUAUAAUUGACUGCAGUAUCUAUGGAAAAUGGUGGAUAUAAAAAAUAAUAUAAAUAAAUCAUACGAGUCUAAUCAUGAAUCAAGAACCAGAAUUAACAGUUCUGAUACUGUGGCAUCAACACCUUCUUCGUCGUCUGAUUAUAUGACAGGAGAAGCAGAUGAUAGUUCAGACAGUAAAGCUGCUAUACCUUUUAGUUUAAAAUCAGUGGAAACUGUACUUUCAUUAUCUAAGGCUACUUCUGAAGAAUAUCUUAAAGAUAUGAUAGAAAAAUGUAAGCAAAUGGUCUUAGAAAGUGCAGAAUGUUCUGAUGAGCGAAAAUGGCUUGUUAGACGAUUAAUUGAAUUACGCUUAAGAGUACAAGAAUUAAGAGAGACAUCAGAAGAAAAUUUGCUUGAAACAGAAGUCAUUUUAGGACAUCAUUUAGUACCACAAAAAUAUUAUAUAACUACUUCUGGGCCUGUAUAUUGUGAUCAUUGUAGUGGAGCUAUUUGGACCAUGCUCCAAUCAUGGUAUAUGUGUAGCGAUUGCAAAUUUUGUUGCCAUUGGAAAUGUCUAAAUAAUAUAUGUAGAGUGUGUGUUCAUGUAGUUGCUAGUGAAGCUGGUGGUUAUACUUACACAAAAGAUAUUUGUCCUGAACAGGGUUUAUCAAGUCAGAAAUACAGAUGUGCUGAAUGCAAAGUUCGAAUAACAUUUACUUUCUCAAAAGGACUAUCUUUAUCUUGUUUUGGCAGUCCAUUUAAAAAUACAGAAUCAGCAUGGAUUGAACCCCGUCUUUGUGACUAUAGUGGAUUGUAUUAUUGCCAAAGAUGUCAUUGGAACACUGCAAUGGUAAUUCCUGCAAGAGUGAUUAGAAAUUGGGACAUGGAACCAAGAUUUGUUUCUCGUGCCGCUGCACAGCUUUUAACACUUUUAGAAGAACGUUCUGUUUUGUUACUUGAAGAAUUAAAUCCGAAAUUAUUUACUUUAGUUCCAGAUCUCUCUGUAGUGAAGAGGAUGCGGGAGGAAAUGCAGAUGAUGAAACAUUACUUAGUUUUAUGUCCAGAAGCUAAUAAACAAGGAUUACCAUGGAAAAUUGGAAUACGCACUCAUAUGAUAGAAAACUCGGGAAAUUAUUCGAUUAAAGAUCUCGUUGAUCUUAAUAAUGGAGUACUUUUGGAAGAAAUUCGUACUGUGUAUGAUACUAUGCACACUCACAUCACAGAACAGUGCGAAUUAUGCAAAGCGAGAGGUCAUUUAUGCGAAUUGUGUGGUAAUGAUGAAAUUAUAUACCCGUGGAAUGCAAGUUCUAUCACUUGUCGUCAGUGCUCGGCUGUUCAUCAUCGUGCAUGUUGGUCGAAACAAAAUCACUGUUGUUCACGAUGUACAAGGCUUCAAAAGCGACGUGCUUUGCAAGAUAAACAAACUCUGGACACAGAUGAUAUUACGGAAAAUGGAUCGAAUGCGAAUGAAUCGCUAAGUGAUGCAACAUAAACGCUAAAUACAGUCGUGCUUAUUGUGAUUUGUGUAUAUAUAUAUAUAUAU